CAGACAUAUUGCAUCAAUAAUAAAUCACUUGAGAUUUUCGAUCUGGCAGUGAUCAUCGUACGAAUGUAUUACUUCGACUCCUCAUGACUUAUUAAUGAGUAACGCUGACAUCGGGAGCUCUACUGUGCAACAGGUGCAACUUAUGAUUAAAGAUUUUGUCCCUUUCAUGACAAGAACAGGUUUUAUUCCUUCUCUCAGUGACACCAGAUCCAUAUCCUUUGCAUGUUACAUACCUCUUUAACUGCUCAGAGCCUAAUUACAGGAGUCAUUCAAUGGAUUAUAACCCCCCAUCGGGACUAAUUGGGUGGAAGAAAUAACCGAAAAUCCCCUUCUAUUGUACUGGUAAAGAGACGCCCUCUGGCAAGGCUAGGUAUCUGAUUAGGUAGACAAGAAUAUAAUUUCGCGAUGCGAGCGGAACGGGUUAAACCGGUAGGUUGGCGUCAUGCCCAAAAGUAGCACAUAGUCAUCACACGUCACUUUCCAAACAUUCACGGAAACAUGGACGCGCGUUUUCUGAGUCUCGUCCGUAAUAAUGAAGCCUCGGAAGUAUCCACAGUUCUUGGGGAGGAAAACGUCAGUCCAGACAUUUCUCUUGGCCUGGCGACACUCCAGGACAAGUUCGGCAGGUCUGUCCUGGAGCUAGCCGUGGACAGCGGGUCGCGCGAAGUGGCCGAGGUUCUGUUAGACCACGGCGCACCCAUCGGUGACGCGCUGCUGUACGCCAUCGACAGGCAGGACGUUGGUGUCGUGCGGAUCCUGAAGGAGAGGGCGUUGACGGAGACCCUGGGUCGGACGUACGGUGUGGACUCUGAGGAUGGCAGCAGCGCCUUCCCCAGCUACAUGACUCCGGUCAUGCUGGCAGCCAUGAUGAACAACUACGAUAUCCUGGAGAUGCUGCUUCAAGCUGGCUUCCCUACACCUGCGCCAGACGACUACAGAUGGACAACCGACAUCAGCGAGUCCAUCGCUUGGCUGGACGCCUACCGUGCGGUGUGCAGCCCGUCCUACAUCCUCCUCACCAGCCCCGACCCGUUCCGUACGGCCUUCCGGACGGCCAAGGCUCUUCGAGACGUCCUUUGGAAGCGGGAACAGUACCGGCCUGAGCUGGAGCAGCUGGCGGACCAAUGUGAGACGUUCGCCCGUGAACUACUGGACGAGGCACGCUCAACUAAAGAAGCCGGGGCCAUCCUCGAGCACCUCUGCAGUCCAGAGGACUCUCCAUACAAAAAGCCCGUCUCUACUAUCCAGCUAGCUGUGGACCUCCAACUAAUGCAGUUCACGACGCACCCUUUUUGCUUUGAAUAUGUCAACCAACGAAAGUUCCAGGAGAUCAUAGACUUUCAUCAGGUCUUUCAGGGGUGGGAAAACGCUUCUUCUGUCUAUCCGAUUGUUCUCUCGGUGACCGUGGGGCUAGCGUAUCCCUUCCUGUGUCUGGCACAUCUCCUGGCGCCUCUGUCAAAGGUCAGGGUGUGACAAGUUGUAGUAUGGUACUCGAAGGCUCAAUUGAUACGUUAUACAGUUAUACUGAAUAAUUGGUUGUGACUUUUGACAAAUGAUAACUGGUAGCGAUGUUGAGUUUAUUGAUAGAAUCAAUCGGUUCCACUUCUAACAUUAUUAAAGCUACGCUGUGAGCACCAGAUUUGUUAAGCUUUUGAUAUCUAUAUCUCUGUGUGUUCUCUGCUUUAGAUGAAAAA